AUGACAAAGGUAUAUCCGAACACCUCCGCUACUGCCACCGUCGCACCUCCUGUCGAACGGGACGUUGUGGUGCUCACUGUGUGGAAGAAAUCGCUGCUUUUGAACUGCGACGGUUUUACCGUGUUUGAUGCGAAGGGGAAUCUGGUGUUUCGUGUUGAUAACUACAUCGCCGGACGUAAGGGUGAGAUUAUCCUUAUGGACUGCUCCGGCAAGUCUCUCCUCACUAUACGCCGCAAGAGGCUGAGCUUAUCGGACAGCUGGCUGGUGUUUGAGGGAGAAACGGUCAUCAAUCCCCAAUAUUCAGUGACGAAACAUAUGAACCUCCUCAAAACAAAAUCCUUAGCUUAUGUGAGCUCAUGUUUUGAUGGAAAUGGAUCGCCAACGUCAUCACCAAAAAAAAAGAAGGUGAUUUAUGAGAUAGAGGGGUCCUACAACCAACGAUGCAGUGCCGUGUACGAUGACAAAAGGAGGCUAGUGGCGGAGAUCAAGCGGAAAGAGGCCAAGGGAGGGGUGGCUUUCGGCAUGGAUAUAUUUCGCCUAAUUGUGCAGCCUGAAAUUGAUUCGUCCGUUGCUAUGGCCUUAGUCAUCCUGCUUGACCAGAUGUUUGGAUCCUAG